ACCAAGACUAGCCCCAGGAGAGAGGAGGGAUGGUGACACCUAUGGGAUUCACACAUUUCAAAUGCUGGAUGACAUUCAGAAGCUGAGGUUGGAAAUCAAUCACGUCAUGCCAGAUAUCCACAACCCCUUAAUGAAGGAGCAGAAUAAAAAUGUUGUGAGGAACAAGAGAUUCUUACGUGGGAAAAAGAAAUUCAACAUGGACCCAAACAAGGGUGUCCAUUACCUAGUGGAAAAUGAAUUGCUGGAAUGGCGAGCAGAGUCAGUGGCUGAGUUUCUUUACAAAGAGGAGGGACUGAACAAGACCGCCAUUGGCAACUUCUUGGGAGACAGGGAGGAAAUGCAUCUGCAGACACUGAAAGAGUUUGUGGGCCUGCAUGAAUUCUCCGACCUGAAUCUGGUGCAGGCGCUGAGACAGUUCCUCUGGAGCUUUCGUCUCCCGGGAGAAGCCCAGAAGAUUGACAGAAUGAUGGAGGCGUUUGCAACUCGCUACUGCGACUGUAACCCAGGGGUCUUUCAAUCCACGGACACAUGCUACAUCCUGUCUUUUGCCAUCAUUAUGCUCAACACAAGUCUCCACAACCCCAACGUGAAAGACAAACCCAAUCUGCAGCGAUUCAUUUCCAUGAACAGAGGAAUCAACCACGGAGAGGAUCUGCCCACAGAACUGCUCAUGAAACUUUAUGCAAGCAUCCGCAGCGAGCCAUUCAAAAUCCCUGAGGAUGAUGGGAACGACCUCACGCUGACGUUUUUUAAUCCAGACCGAGAAGGCUGGCUCCUUAAAAUGGGUGGGCGAGUUAAAACCUGGAAGAGGAGGUGGUUUAUUUUAACAGACAGCUGCUUGUACUACUUUGAAUACACCACAGAUAAAGACCCGAUAGGUAUUAUUCCUCUGGAGAACCUGUGUGUAAGGAGUCUACCAGACAACAACAAACAGUAUUGUCUGGAGUUAUAUAACCCUAAAGGACAAAAGAUCAAGGCCUGCAAGACGGAGAACAAAGGCAGAGUGGUGCAGGGCAAACAUCAGUCCUAUAAGCUGAGGGCCGCCGGAUCCGAAGAGCGGGACGCCUGGAUGGAUGCGAUCAGGACAUGCAUCACCAAAGAUCCGUUUUAUGACCUGGUUUCUCUGCGAAAGAGGAAGGUCACAGGCAACACCUCCUGAUAGGACUGAAACACAAGGCAUUGGAGGAAAAGUAUUUUAAUCCUGCAUGAUGUGUGAAUACAUUUGUAUAGAUGAAUCGCCCUGUGAAGUUGCCAAACGUGAAUAGCAAAGCGUUUCUCAGAAAGGUUCAAAUUGGGAAGUAACAUUUGUUGAAGUGUAAAAUGUUGGUUAACUAUUUUUGGCGUGUGAUUUUGAGUCUUGACCUUACUUCUGCAAACUGCAUGCACUACUGCACAGACUUCAGGGAAUGCUAGUCCUACUGACAAACAUCUGCUACCAGAGAAGUGAUCGAAGGAAGGCUUGAUAGUGUCCUAAAAGUAAAACUGAACAGGCCUACUGGGUGCAGGUCCAUGGCCCCUACGACCAAAACUCUUCAUCAAGUGACCGUGAACUUCUAUUGCAAAAUAAUCUAUAAAAUAUGUCCAAAACCAUAACAAAGUGAAGAGAAUGAAGAAAAAACAUGGAAUACAACCAGGAUAAGAUGAAAGAUUACCUAAAAAUAUAUAAAUGGUAAAUGGACUGUACUUAUAUAGCACUUUAUCCAGUCUUUACGACCCCUCAAAGCGCUUUACAUGCUACAUGUCGUUCACCCAUUCACACCCAUUCAUACAGAGCAGUGUACCUUACUCUAGGACCUAACAUGCAUACACAUUCACACACCGUUGGCCAUGGCAUCGGGAGCAACUCAGGGUUAAGUAUCUUGCCCAAGGAUACAUCGACAUGUUGACUGCAUGGGCUGGGAUCGAACCCACAACCUUCUGGUUGAAAGACGACCGCACUCCCUCGCAGCCACAGUCGCCCCAUUACAAUGGAAAACAUGGAAAACAUCCACUAAGAGACAAAUUAAUACAAAAAGAAGAACUCAAAGGGACAACACGGAGGUGUAAAGUUGGUAGGGGAAAUGGAUGCGAGCAUUCACAAUGUGUUUUAACAAGAUGCAAAUAAACUGCAAACAUUGUAAAAAGUUCUAAAAAGAUAUAUAAAACAAGCAACAAAGACCAACAGGCCAAAUAAAAGAAAGAAACUAAGAAUAAAA